UUCAUAUUUCCGUCACUGAUGACGUCAUCAUUAGUUGCCAUCACCAUGAAGUGAAAACAGUGGCGUUGAGUUGAAGUAAACAAAUUGAGUCAAACACGUUUGCCUGAAAGAGUUUUUGAUUUUUUUUUCCGUCAGUGUCAAAGACACUCUCCACAUCGGACGGUCUAUUUGUAUUCCGUGGUACCUUCCAUGUUUUCCAAUAGAGUCGAAUAAGACAGAGAACACGACAAAUGGAUAGUCUCCGGGUGCUUGAGCUUUACAGUGGAAUAGGUGGAAUGCACUAUUCUCUAAAACAGUCUGGAAUAUCUGCCCAUGUAGUAGCGGCCAUAGACAUAAACACAACUGCCAAUCAGGUCUACAGACACAAUUUUCCCGACACACCGCUCUGGAACAGAACCAUCGAGGGCAUAUCACUUGAUGACUUCAAUAACUUGUGCUUUGACAUGAUUUUGAUGAGUCCUCCUUGUCAACCUCUUUGUAGGGUGGGACUCCAACGUGGUAUUGAUGACCCCAGAACCAAGAGCUUUCUUUACAUUCUUAAUCUUCUGCCAAGGCUGAGUCAGCUUCCCCGCUAUGUCCUGCUCGAGAAUGUCAAAGGUUUUGAGACCUCCUCUGCCAGGCAGUCUUUAGUCGAAAUGCUGACAACAUGCGGAUACACUUUCCAGGAGGUGAUGGUCUCUCCCACGAGGUUCGGCAUCCCCAAUUCAAGACUACGUUACUACCUGAUGGCUAAGAUUUCAACAGAAUCGAUUUCUUCAAAGUCAGAGGAUUCACAAAUGUCGCUGCUCCCUGCUGAGAUGGAGUCCCCUGUGGAGCCUUCACUUUCAAGCGCUCUACAGCCAGUUAGUUGCCAGACAAAAGAGGAAGAAAUGAAAGAUCAUGUCUUUUAUAAACUUGAGACAAGAACGGAUGCUCAAAGAAAGAUGAAUCAGAAUCAGGAUAUGUCAGUCAGUCAGAUUGAAGACUUCCUUGAACCGCAGGAGAAUAUUGACUUGGAUCAGUAUCUUGUUCCAUCUGAAGUAUUGGUGCGGUAUGCUCUAAUCCUGGAUAUUGUCAAACCCAGUUGCCGGAGGUCGAUCUGCUUCACCAAAGGCUAUGGGCGGUACGUGGAAGGAACUGGCUCAGUAUUGCAAGGCUGCCUUGAAACAGAGAUUGAGAGUGUUUUUAAAAAUCUGGACCAAUUUUCCGAAGAAGAAAAACUUCAACAACUGCAGAGACUAAAGCUUCGUUAUUUUACCCCCAGAGAAGUAGCGAACAUCAUGGGCUUCCCAAAAAGCUUUUCCUUUCCAGAGCAAAUCCACACCAAGCAGCGAUACAGACUUCUCGGAAACAGCCUCAAUGUUGUCGUGGUGGCAAGACUGCUACAGCAGCUGAUCUCCAAGUGUUGAUUAAUGGAGGCCCAAAAAGUUGCCAUUACUGAUAUUUCAUUUGCUGCUCCCAAUUUGUAUUCUUUUAAUGUGGGUUAAUGUCACAGUUGUUUAUAAUUAAUUACUGUACAUUUACAGUGAAAAAAAAAACAACCUUGCAUGACACAUUGCUCUGUGGUCAUGUUAAAGGACA